UUAAUUAACGUAAAAAUAAUUUAAAAUUAUACUCCGUAUGUGGGAACAUUAACAGUUUUACACACACAAUCUAUAUGAUAAGGAAGAUCUGAGUAUGAUACAAAUAGCUACCAUUUAUCGUUAUGAUCACAUUUCUACCAUUUAUGAUAUAAAUUGCUUUUUUAUAUCAUAGAGGGCAAAAACCGGCAGUCUGAUGGUAUAAUGAAGCAGACACCCAUCACUGAUGCCGUUGGGCUCCUCCAUGUUUUAUCGUCGUUGGUAUAAUGUUUGUGAUGAUUAUGAGGAGAGUUCAUCUGGAUCUUUCUCUGUUGGUAUGAUCUCCCACGUACACACUUACCUCCUGUUGAUACUCCGUAUUAUAAUUGUAAAUUUUUACACACACAUGAGUAUCCGGAGCCUCCGUCUUGCUUUAAAGCAAGGCAGGGUCUCUGACUCUUCCGGGCCGCUCGAUCGGGAAUUGGACGGCCGAAGAUGUUGGGCCCACCCCUUCGCCGAUCUUGAGGUCGUCCUCGUCGCCUUCCUGCCGUCGGAUGCCGCAAGGCACUCUGCCUUAUGGCAGAGGAUCUGAUCGCAUAAAUACAUAACAUGCUUGCUACAGAAAACUAAAAUUGAUAGAAUAAAUGGAGUAACUCUAGAUUUGCAGUUUUCGAAUGAACUGUUCCGAAGACAAUAUUUAUAGAUGAGUUGGUAGUUACCGUAAAUACGGAGCAUAAUUUUGAAUUAU